GAAGAAGAAGAAGAAGAAGGGAACGUCCAAUCGACCGCGAAUGCUUGUAAACCCUCGUAAAAAUCAUCGAAGGAGCGGAGAGACGAUCGCACGUAAAAUAUGUAAAAAUCCAUACGGCGCGCGCGUCUUUAACGUGUCACUCGGCGCUUGGCGCGCGCCGUCCGCCGCGCGCGCGCGCGAGAGAGAGAGAGGGAUACAAGGUGAACGUCCGGCAAAGGUGAUAUCGGGUUGCUUCUCUGCGCAAAAUCAGUGAAACCUUAUAUGCUCUUGCUGGAUCUCUCGGCCUCGAGAAAGACACAGCAGGGAGGAGGCGAAAAAUCGUAAAUUAAAGCGAAACGCUAAUCGAUAAAGUCGCCGAAUUAUGCGAGAACGCCGCUGCUCGAUUUCAAUUAUAAUCCGAAACGCGGCGUCGUUCGCCGACGUACCAGCAAGUUAUUUAGCUCGCAACGACGUUGCGCAAUUACGCUCGCGAACACGCCCGACCAACCAUUCUCCGUAGAUCCGAGAAAAAAGUCACGGUUGUAUAACCGAUUUAGCAUGAAUUCCCUACUCGUUGCGCUUGACAGAGUUGAUUAACAGUCGCCGCCGCCGCGCCUGCGCUUUCGCGGAGACAAACCAAUGUGCGCUCGUUGCACCGACAGCCGUCCUGGUCGCUGGUCGUCCUUUGCUCCAUUGAAGGCGUGCGGCAUUCAAAAGCUCGUUUGCGGGCUAAUAUAAUGUACAUCGCAAAAAAUAAAAAAAAGUGAGCCAGCCCUGGUCCCCAUUCCGCGGCUCGAAAUUCAAAACCCUUACGCCUGGCUUAGACGCGGGCGCGCGUCCUUCGUACGAAGAAAAAAAAAUUAAUUACGACACGUACUUCCUUUCAACCGUAUAGAGUGUUCGGCUUGCAUUCCCACGUCGCCCGACUGUCAGCUGCGGGCCGCCCACACACGUGUACAUCACAUCGCGGAGCGAAGCAUCGCAGAGUCCCUGUACCUCUCUCUUCCAGUCGGUGCAGCGCAUACACGCAUCUUGUCAUAGGCGCGCAUACCUGCGCCUAGCGUGUCCUGGCGCUUAUACCGUUGCAGGUUAUGUUGCAGGUUAUGUUCGCCUCGUAAAUAAGACACGCAUAAAGAAGCGCCAGUGACAGAGAGAGAGAGAGAGAGAGAGAGAGAGAUUUAAGAUACGUUGCAAUAUCGCACACGCGUGCAUAGCUUAGUGAGUACAUAAGAUAAGUGGAAGAUAGACACAAAGGCUUCUCGUUGCGUUAUCAUCGACGACCGACGAUGAAGCAUCGUAACAGCACAAGUGUCCGAGCGACUGAAACGUCCACAAGUGUCGUACGAGUGAUCCAUGUGCCGUGAUGCAACCUCACUAUUUGCCUGCUUACUUGGACCUGCGGCCCUUUAUUAUUAUCCGCUUCGGCUGCGGCGACAAAGGAGGCGACGACGAGGACGUAGCAGCAAGGCUUUGCCACCGAAACGCAAGGGACUAGCUUAUCCCUGGUUUAAAGGCAUCUCCUUGCAUUCGAGUACAUAUUUCAGGUAUAGACGUCGCGAGGCGCUUGUCGAACGAGAUACAUGGCUCGAUUGCAUCAUGGAAGGCAACUACGACGAGGAUCUAUCACUGAAUGCGUUCUUCCAAACGCUACAGCAGGAGCACCAGCCAAUAUUCGACAGAGCUGUUGGCGAAGGCUGGAUCAUUUGUGUUCCACGUGCUGGCACCUUCAACAAAAGUACCCUCACAGAGGACGACUUUUUAGGUCAUAUAUUGAUACCUGAUGAAGAACUUCCUGGUACUCAUUUUCACACAUUAACUGAUAAACAAGUAAGACUGUACAACAGGGCCUUGACAAUUGAUAAUGAUAUAGCAAAACCUAGAUCUCUACACUUGUUGUUUGAAGAAACUUUUUAUACGGAUGAUUUAAAUAAGUAUCACGUAUGGUGUAUAGAAGGUCAACUAGAGCAAGAAAUCAACAACACAUCUCUCGACGAAGUGCGCAUAGUAACCUCCUUAAAGGAGUGCCGAGAUGUAUUAUUAACGGAGGUAUUAGAUAAGAAUCUGUUGAAAGAAGUAGAUACGGCGAUUGAAGAUUUCGAGAGGAAUCAUAAGAAUUUGGACAAAGAAUGUCUGCAGCUGCAAAGUGAUGUCGUUAGUAUGCUCUAUGCCAAAAGUUUGCGUACGUUGCUAAAGGAUUCAAGACUUCGCCAGAGAACUAUCGAGAAUAGAUAUAUCUUGCAAACGAUCAAAAUUGCCAUAGAGACGUAUAUUUUACACGGACUCAGAAAAACUUUGCCGCGUGCGGUGUCGUUUAGUACUGCUGCGGAAGACGCUAGUUUAAACAAGAUUAUUAAAAAUCUUCAUGAUCUACAGUUGGAAGAUCUAGGCGUUCGACCAGAUCUUUAUGACGGUGUAUCGAGGGGUAAAUUAGAAUUAUCUCGACUGGACAGCUACUUCACAGUGCUUGGCAAAGUCGGUUGCCUAAAAAGAGCAGUACGUUUUGUCUCACAGGGCGAAACUUCUGUCUCUUCGGACGAUCUUUUACCAGUCCUUAUUUAUCUCGUUGUCAAAUCAAACUUAGCGACGUGGUGCGCUCAACUUGCAUUUAUGAAACACUUUCGUUACUCGGCCAACUCGAUGCACGAAGCUGAUGAGGUGGGAUUCUUGAUAACGUCGUUGGAAGCAGCAGUGGAACAUGUGAAAUCUGGAUCGGUUAAAAAUGGAGUUGCCGGAGUUGGAGGUGAAAAGAUAUCAAACGGAAAAGCGAGUUACGAGAAAGAAAAGUUGUUUGAAGCGACUGAUGCAAUGGAGAAAGGAUUUAUGAGUGAGUUAUUUCAGUACGUGAAGAAUGGAAAUCUGAAGGAAGUACAAAAAAUAUUAUCUAAAAAAACCGAAGGUGUAUUGAAAGAGACAAAGCUGUGUCACCCUCUGUGUCUCUGUGAGAAAUGCGAGCACAGCUUAUCAAAAACAGCAGUAUCAUCGACACCAACCGUAUUGUCGCGCGACGAUCGUGGUCUUACGUGCUUACACGUUGCCAGUCUUUACGGACAGGUUGCUAUCGUCGAUUUUCUUUUACAACGUGGUGCUGAUCCCAACGAUGCCGAUGCCGAUUGUAUUACACCAUUGCAUUGCGCUGCAUCGCGAGGUCAUCAGAAUACAUUGUUACUGCUGUUACAUGCAAAUGCAGAUGUCAAUCUUGUCGAUACAAGAGGUAAUAGUGCUUUGCAUUUAGCUUCAGAUCAUGGACACGAUACUUGCGUUAAAGCUUUACUAUAUUUCGCUGAGCAGACAAGGAAAGUGAUCAAUGUUAAUGGGGCAAACCAUCAAGGUGAUACAGCACUGCAUUUUGCUUCGAAAUGGGGCUACACCGGAAUCGUUGAAAUUCUACUGGAGUACGGAGGAGAUCCGCAAUGCAAAAAUAGAAGAGGACAAACGCCGCUAACUUUAUCGCACAGCAGUCACAUUACGAGACUCCUCGAGGGUACAGCCUCAAGGACAAAUACACCAACUGGUCUCUCGUCAUAUGGGACUCUGUCUUAUUGUGAUCCCACGUUGCAGGAAGCUGAAAAGGGAAAUAGUCCUAAAAUAACACCUAUUACUGGCACUAUUUGUAGAGCUAAUUCAUACAAAUCGUUGAACGCCAGGUAUCGAACAGUGACCGAAGGCAUGCACAAAAUUGAUCGCCUGUUCGCGGCAAUAGCCGAAGGUGAUAUCAGAUUAGCCUCUUAUUACCUGAAUCUUCAAGGCCCAUGUAACAGAACAUUCGUAUCGGAACGCGACGAACCGAAAUUCUGUCAUCCAUUAUGUAAUUGUGAAAAAUGCGUGUCCAUCGAAGAACUUUCAUACGAGCGUGAAAACAAACCACCGAUUUCAAUCAAUGCUGUCAAUAGUGAGGGAGAGACUGCUUUGCAUAUUGCCAGCGUCGUUGGUUGUACUGAAAUUAUCCAGCUACUCCUGGACGCUGGAGCUAAAGUAAACUUGGCGACCCGUUCCGAAGGACGUACUCCAUUGCAUUUAGCUUGCAUGAACGAUCAUGUGAAGGCCGUAAAAUUAUUGCUAAAUUGCGGUUCGUGUAACUCGGACGCGAAAGACAACGCUCGUGACACACCGUUGCAUUUAUCGGCGCGUGCUGGCAACGUGCGCAUAGUCGAAAUGCUGAUACGUCAUGGUGCCAAUCACCGACUGCGUAAUCUCACCGGUUACACCGCACUCGAAGAAGUCGAGAGAAUCAAAACUGAUGAUAUUUUUCUCUCGCUGGCGCUCAAUAAUAUUAUCAAGAUUUUGAAAAACGUUAGUAGCCCUGCUGCUGCUGCUGCUGCUGCUGCUGCUGCUGCUGCUGCUGCUGCUGCUGCUGCUGCUGCUGAUGAUGCUGUAUCGUCUAUCGCUGCCAUUACUAGUCAGUAAAGCGAGAUUAUAUAUUCAAAGUGAUGUGAUCGGGAGAAAGUUUCUUCGCGUUAGACUGAGUACCUUUUUCCGUUAGGGUAGUAUUCAAUUCUUCGGUGUCUUGACAAUCGUCUUUUUCAGCUGUAGCAUUUUCGAGGAAAAUAUAUUUAGAUGAGACGAUGAAAUAUAUAUAGCGAGAGAGAAUAAAAAAAGAAAGAUGUUAAAAUUUGCCAAAUUUCAACUGUUUCAAAGUAAAUUCAAAGCGACUUGUAUACCCCAAGGUUGUGAAUUUUUUAAUUACUUCAACGGAUGCUGUGCUAUCAACACAAUCUUACAUUGAAUGAGUUCUUGUUUUUUUUUCUUUUUAUACGACUUAGAUAUAGGAACGGACAAAAUAGACGUACUUUAACAUCGUUCUUUGUACAAUAAUUAUAUAAAGCGUUAUUUACUAGAUUUUACAAGUAGCAAGCCUAAUAUCGUCGUUGAUUCAACGAAUUAUUAAUCAAAACAUAGUUUGUUUGAGAUAAUGUUUAUACAUAAAUUUAUACGAAAAAAUAUAUUAGGGAGUAAGAAUCAUUUUUA